AAGCCCGGCUGUGAGGCCGUCUGCGGCGUGCUGCCGGCUCUGGAGCUGCUGCAGCUCCAGCUGAAGGAGGAAGUCGACGUCCUGGUCGAGCUGAGCCUGCUGGCCCGUAACCACGGAGACCCGCACGCCGCCAGUGUCGUGAAGAGCCACUUCCUGUCGCCGCGGGUGGACCACCUCAAACUGCUGGGGGACCUGCUCACCAGCGCGCGCAGGGUGGGCUGCGGCGACGAUCAGACGGCGGGUUUUGGGGAGUACAUCCUGAACGAGCUGCAGGAGGAGCUGAGCGGAUGAUCCAUCACAGGAAGUCCCGAUUGGUCGGAAAUUAAACUUUGUUCUGUGUUUUUUUAGAGUGAUUUUAGCUGUGAGAGAUAAAAAACGAAGAUUUCUUCCACAGGGUGGCACUUUGAGAGAUGAGCUUGUUAGCCGCGUUUUUUAGAGUCCGGUGGAUGUUAGAGUCACAUGACCGCCUCCAGCACGCAGACACGCCCAGGACGCAGUUAGCCUAGCUUAGCACAAUGACUGGAAACAGGUAGAAACUGUUAGCCUCGAGAAAAAAAUAACUUCAGCAUCUCCAAAGCUGACAGAUCUGAAAACUUCCCACCAUGUGAGACGUUUAUUUAUUUUUUAAAAUUACUAUGUGAGUGAAUGAAGCAAAAUUUGAAUUAACCCUUUGAAACUUGUGAAAAUUGGCUCAAUUUCUCACAAAAACACGGGAAGAAGGCG